AUGGCUCCCACCAAUCCCGGGCUGAAGCACCUGUCCAACGCCCUAGCGACCCCCGACCAGCUAUCAAACUCCUCGUCCUCGAUCGAUGGUGUCCCAGCUGAUCUCGAAACCUCGAUCCGCUGUGCAGGUGCCCAGCUCACUCAAUCUGCGGGCAUUCUCCUGCACUUGUCGCAGGAUAUCAUUUCGCAGGCCAUUGUGCUUUUCACGCGUUUUUGGCUCGGAGCUGAUGGCGGCAGCUUGCGAAUCUACUCAGUGAAGGAUGUCUCAGCUGCAGCUCUCUACCUAGCGGCCAAGCUUUCAUUCCUACCCACCUCCCCGCGCUCCGUGCUCAACGUUUACACCCUACUUCUCUCACGGGAUGCCUCGCCCUUGUGGUUUGUGAACCCAAAGGGUGCCCCUGAGGACCCUCCAGCUCCUGAGACCUACAUCUUGACAGAGGGCGGUUACCAAUCAGCCCGGUUGGUACUUCUUCGCAUUGAAUCGGUCAUUCUCCGCACUCUCGGCUUCGAUACGCAUGUCGCCCUACCACACACCAUUGCAUUGACUUAUCUUCAGACUUUGGGUGUGUCAAAGCCUGCUGUUGCUCAACGUGUCGUACAACACCUCAACACCGCACUGCUCUCGCCCCAACUGCUAUAUGUCACCCAUCAACCCAAUGCCCUAGCCGUCGCUGCCAUCUACCUUGCUGCGCGUGAGGUAGGAGUCAAGCUUGUUGACGGCGACUGGUGGGAAGUCUUCGAUGUUGAUCGUGAGGAGCUGGGCUUCUUGGUCGUGGGCAUGCAAAGUACCGAAGGGUUCAUGCGGGCCGAGGCCAGCCAAUGGAAGGACAAACUCAUUCCUAUGGUCCCGGAUGAGGUUGACGCUGAGCUUGAACGACGCCGAAUGAUGCAAGAGGGCGAAUGA